GGAAUUAUAGCUGCCUUGAGGCCAAGUUUUUAUUGGAUCGUAAUUUUGGUUAUCACUUGGUGCAAUCAUAUAUUCCUUCAUCUUUAAUCGUCGUUAUCUCGUGGGUGUCAUUCUGGCUAGACGUGGAUGCCAUUCCGUCUCGUGUCACGCUCGGCGUCACGACUCUGCUCACCAUCUGCUCAGAAAGCUCGGGAAACACGGACAAAAUGCCCCCAGUGUCGUAUAUGAAGGCGCUGGACAUCUGGAUGAGCGUCUGCACGGCGUUCAUCUUCACGGCGCUGCUGGAGUUCACGUUGGUGAACCAGCUGUCGAGACCGAGGCGCCAGAUGGUCUGCUGGGUGAUGCACGUGACCAAGGGCGUGCCGGAGCGACAGCUGUACAUGCCCGACCUCUGCGAGGACUGGUGCAUCGUCCGACAACAACUGAAGAAGAAGCGGGACGACAUGCCCAGUCUGACCAUGCAGCUGGUGGACAGCGGCAGCGCCGGCGGAGGCCCCGAGCUAGCCGUACCCGAGCUGGCCGGUCGCCGCUGCUACUGUCAGCGACGGAUGUCUGCCGCCGGGUGGAUCGACCGCGUCAGUCGGCUCGGCUUCCCCCUGGCCUUCUGCGCGUUCGGCGCCUUCUACUGGACACACUACAACAAGUAGAAGCCAUGAUAUAAUCCUAUUAGAGACACUACAACAAUUGGAGACCCGGAUAGACACACUCUAGCUAUCAGAAGCCACCUAUUAGACGUACUACAGCAAGUAGAGGCCACUGGCCAACCAAGACUUCUCUGGACGGUGGGACACACCACAGCAAGUAGAGGAUAGGGAUACUUCUACUGGACGACUACAACACGUAGAAGCCAUGAGAUAGGUACUUCUGUUGGAGACACUUUAAUGAGUAAUGGCCUAGGAGACUUCCAGUGGACACACUACAGCUAGUACAUUGAAGCUCAUGAGGCUUCUACUGGGCACACUAUACACUUAUACAGGGAACAGGUGUAAGCCACGAUGUUUUACUUCUACUUCUAGUGGAGACACUAAAGAAGUAGAGGCUCACAGAGGCUUCUGAUAGACACACUUUGGACACACUAUAAACACGUAGAGGCUCAUAUGAGAGUGGACUCACUAUGUACAGCAACUUCAUAGAAGCCACGGCGCCUUUGACUACUGGCUUCGACUUUGGUUUGGCUUCUUGAUAGAACUCGAGUUAUGGACGGCGACAUCUUUGUUAAUAGUUAGUUCCACGGUUGAAUUACAGCAACAUAUAAAUUUUAGGAAGAAAGUUUCGAUAAAAUUAGCGUUCAAAUUACAAUGCAGCAUAGCUAAAGGAGUUCUAAUGCUUCACAGCCUUCUCUAAGACUUCCGGAUGAAUUGCUUAAAAUAUACUUACUUUAAAAGAUACACCACCCGGACCAGUGCCAAAUUGAUAUAUUGCUGAACAAAUUUGAUGCUUGGUAGUGAUCUUUUUAUUGAUCAAAGGAACUUAUUUUAGGUAGAUGCACAGGAAAAAGUAAAUAAAGUCUAUAUGGUGUAUGUCGUUACG